AUGGAGGAUAAGGUUUGCAUUAUUACUGGAUCUAAUGAGGGCAUUGGAAAGGAGACUGCCAAGCGCAUGGCCAGUCACAUGAUGCGUGUUAUUAUGGCAUGUAGAAACAUGGAGAAGUGUGAAGCCGCUGCAAAAGAGCUAAGAGCAGAGACAAAGAAUGACAAGAUACAAUGCAUGCAACUUGAUCUCAACUCAUUCACUUCAAUCAGACAAUUCGUACAGAACUUCAAGGAUAUGAACUUGCCAUUGAACUACUUGAUCAAUAAUGCUGGAAAGUAUGGUGGACCACAUGCACUCACUGAGGAUGGCUUUGAAUCACAGGUUGGAGUCAAUCACUUUGGACCAUUCAUGUUGACCAACUUGUUGCUGAGCAAGUUGGAGGCAAGCGAGAACCCAAGAAUCGUCGUCUUAUCAUCUCGCGCACACUUCCGCGCCAAACUCGACUUUGACAAUCUGUCGGUCGAUCCAAAGAACUACUGGGCCAACUCUGUCUACGCCCAAUCCAAGCUGUGCAAUCUGCUCUUUACAUAUGAGCUGCAGCGACGUCUGGACGAGCGCGGAUCCAAGAUCGUCGUCAACGCACUGCACCCUGGUGUGGUCCACACCAACCUGUUCCAGGGCAUGACCGUCCUCAACAAGUUAGUCUUCCCAUUGGUCUCAUUCCUGUUGACCAAGGUGACCGAGAGUGGAGAGGCUUCCGAGGCUCUAGCCCUGGGCACUGCGCUACACCUGCAGGGCGUCAAGGCCAAGUACUUCAAUGUGAAGUUUUCUUCUUGUUAUUUGCUUCAUCUGGUGACGUUGAUGAUGAUGACGACGGCUGUCCAGUGGUACCACCAUUGUGAUGUUCCAACAUAUCGACGACCCAGCAACCAUUUGGAUUCAACUCAUACUUGCUUUUGA